GAAUUGCACAGAAUAAUCGAGACCUCGAAUUUCAUUAUCUGAUUUACGAUAUUAUUGAAUCUAAUCAUUAUAUAUUUGAAUAGACGAUUCGGAAUGCAGGAUUCUAUGGUGUAUUUUAUUACGGGAGGAAAUAAAGGAAUCGGUCUCCAAUUAACCAGUACACUUCUUCAACGCGAAAAUACAAUUGUUAUAGCUACCAAACGAGCGAUUUCUACAGAUUCAUCUGAGCUAGAAAGACUUUCCAAAGCCCAAGGCUCGGAACUUAUUAUUCUUACACUUGGUUCGGAUAUUGGAGAUGGAAAAGAAAAGAAAAAUACCGUCGAUGAUUUGGUUGAGAGAUUAAAAAAUCAAGGAGUGAAUAGGAUUGAUACAUUGAUAUUAAAUGCUGGUGCAGCUACAUCAUUUCAAUCCGUGGCUGAAACUUCGAUUGAGGAACUUCAAGCACAUUUUCAGAUUAAUACUGUUUGGCCGAUUCGGAUAUAUCAAAUUUUGAGACCUCUUUUGUUGAAGUACUCUUCUUCCGUCUCUAAAGUUUCCGAUGGCUUUAUUUCAUCUAAGGGGGAAGAGAAAAGAUUUUUGAAGAAAGUAAUUUACAUCUCUAGCUAUCUUGGUUCGAUUGGAGGAAUGGAAGAUUCAACACCUUCUCUUGCAUAUGGAAUUAGUAAAGCGGCAGGAAAUUAUUUUGUAAGGAAAGUACAUUUUGAGGAGGGUAGUGGAUUUGUAUGUCUUGCGGUACAUCCAGGAUGGGUUAAAACAGAUAAUGGACAGGCAUUUGCCGAUAGUGUUGGAGUUAAGGAACCUCCGAUGAGUUUGGAGGAAAGUGUGAGUGGGGUAAUGAGACAGAUUGAUAUAGCGAGUAGAGAAACUACUUCUGGAAGUUUUGUUUCGUGGAAGGGAGAUGUGGUUCCUUGGUAAUGGGAGGAUGUGGUCAGUGGAUUGUUAGAGAAUUGGUUCUUGCUAUAGAUCAGAAUGAAUGCUAUAUGGAUCAGAAUUAAUGAACUAGUUUGUCUUGAUAUGAGAUCAUAUGCUUUUACUUUGUAUGGUUAUAUAGAUUCACCAUUUUUGAGUGGAAAUUAUAAUACUUGGGGAGAAUCUCA